GAGACCGCGGCGGGACACCCUCCCAUCCCGCCUCCUCCGCCACGCUCCUCGGCCUUCCCUACGCUCCAGAUCGCCGGCCCGUUUCCUGCUGCCCGUUCAUACGGGCCGAAAGCAGACCAGAGUCCCUCCGGAUCGCGGCGGCGUCGCGGGCGAGGGAGGGGGAGAAGGCAGGAAGAAGGCAGGGGGUGGGGGAAGACGCCUCUCGACUUGCAGAAGUCAGGGCGAAAUGUGAGUUGGCUGCGGUUGGCCAGGGACUCUUCUCCGACCCCCCUCCCUCCAUCAUUCGCUUGUCUACCCAUCCGCUGUGGGCCGCCGAGGUUGCGGCGGGGAGUGGAGAGCGAGGGGGCCAGAGACGGGGUGGAGCCAGCGGAGGCCGCAGUUUGGAAAGGUUGCGCAAGAAGCCCCCGCUGCGCUUCAAGAUAUAAAAGCGCCGUCGAGGCGCCUCCGCCGCAGCACCAGCGACUGCAAUAGCAGCAGCAGCAGCAACAGCAGCAGCGACGACGACUGGCCAGGCGCGACCGCGGCUCCGUCGAGGAUUAUGGAGUUCCUGAGCGACAAAUUCGGCCUCAAGAGCCCCCCGGCGGCGGCGGGCAAAGGAGGCGACUUCUACCUGGCCUCCGGGGGCCCCCUCGAGCACGUAAUGGAAGCGCUGGACGGCGGAGAGGCCUUCUAUGGCAAAGGCGGAGGCAAAUGCGUUGCCCAGGCCGCCUACAACCCGCACGCCAGGCUGGACAGGGCGUCCCCGGGCAGGGACGGCUCCGUGAACUAUGGAAUUACCAAAGUGGAAGGUCAGCCGCUUCACACCGAGCUGGGGAGACCUCUGGACAACUGCAACAGCCUCCGCAUGUCCCCGGCCAAAGGGAUGCAGGAGAAAGGCGAGAUGGACGAACUGGGAGAUAAGUGCGACAGCAACGUUUCCAGCAGCAAGAAGAGGAGGCACCGGACCACAUUUACCAGUUUGCAGCUGGAAGAGCUGGAGAAAGUGUUCCAGAAGACACACUACCCCGAUGUUUAUGUACGGGAGCAGCUGGCUCUGAGAACAGAACUCACCGAGGCCAGAGUUCAGGUCUGGUUCCAAAACCGAAGGGCAAAGUGGAGAAAGAGGGAACGGUACGGGCAAAUCCAACAAGCCAAAAGUCAUUUUGCUGCCACCUAUGACAUAUCUGUUCUACCGAGGACUGAUAGCUACCCACAGAACUCGGAGUCACCCAAAGAAGUUGACUGGCAGCAGGUUCAGGACAGACAGAAGGAGAUUCAGAAUAAUUUGUGGGCAGGAAAUGCAGCGAGCGGUUCGGUGGUGACUUCCUGCAUGCUUCCACGGGAGACCUCCUCUUGUAUGACCCCUUACUCUCAUUCGCCUCGGACAGAUUCUGGGUACUCGGGUUUUUCAAACCACCAGAGCCAAUUCAGCCAUGUCCCCCUCAACAAUUUCUUCACUGACUCUUUACUUUCUGGAACCACCAAUGGACAUGCAUUUGAAACCAAGCCGGAAUUUGAACGGAGGUCUUCCAGUAUUGCAGUUCUACGAAUGAAAGCCAAAGAACAUACCGCUAACAUCUCCUGGGCCAUGUAAUGUAAGAAUGUCCUUUUUUUUCAGAGUUCAGGCAAAAGGAAGAAGAAGAAAAACACCCACCCACCAUCGUUUCUUAUUUCCCAUAUUUAAAGGACCCAAUCAUAAGCUGCUGUGUGAAGAAUUGCUACCGAUCAGGAGAUAGAAAGGAGCCCGCUUAAGCCAGAUGCCUGAUAUGCUAUUUAACAACCACAUUUUAAAGCAUAAACAUGUAGGAGGACUCAAAAUAGAACCACCAUGUGCCAGUCUCCAGAAGCCCUCUUAAAAAAUAGCCAAAUAUGUUGUACUGUACUGGUUGAUGAAAUAUGAUUGUAAAACCUGCAAAAAAGAAUAAAACCUAUUAAAGAAGCAGAUCUGCUAUA